AGAGCCACUAAGCUUAAGCAAAUAAUUUUAAGUUGGGUUUUAAAGAAAAUGAGCGAAAUGUGAAUAAUUUCUUUAAACAUUUAGGACCUGAAAAAAAAAGUCUACUGUACUUGUGAGUAUCUUUUAAUCACAAGAUGUCCUACAAAGCUUUUCAUUCCACCGGAAUGACAAGUAUUGCCUGCUCUCGUUGUUCUCAUUCCUAGGUUAAAGUUAAGUGGAAACAAACGGUAGGUAAGGAGGGAGGAUGCUGUUCAGCAGCUCACAACUGGAGUUGCAGCACAUCUGUCUAGUUCAAAAUUCAGAAAAGAUCCAGCAUCUGUGUGGCCCCCUUCCCUGCAUUUGUCUACUGCCCCCAAGUAUACUCAUCAGUUCUAUGACUUGGCCUGCUUCUCUUCCCUUUUUUCCUUUAUCUCCCUCUCUUUGUCCCCCCCCCCCCCCCCCUUCUAAUUGUCUUUCUACUCUUUCUGUUCUCUCUCUCUGUCUCGGUGAGUGUGCUUUGGGUACGUAUAAUGAGAAGGGAGGAGGUAGCUUGAGAAGCAAUAGCUCCGCCAGUGGGCGUUUUCUGGCUGCUGCCGGAGCGUCCAUGGGAGGCACUGCAGUGAUUUUAUCCGCUGCUUUUGAGCAUCCAUCGAGCAACAUAUACAUCAGAGAGCAUAGAAAACACACAGACAGAACCCAUAGGUAUACUUCCCCCCCUCCCCCAACCUCCACAAUUGGAGAGGAAGACGAGUCCUUGUUCCAUUUGGGAGGCACUGCUGGACCAACCCUGACAGACAUCACCAUGUCCCCUUCCACCUAGAGAGGGGAUGAAAAUGUGAAGAUUUUACAGGGCGGGGAACCGAAACCAGGAGACAAGGAAAAGGACCCCUUCCCUCAUUCCCCCAACCUUUCGCUGUGGUUAGCCUGAAAAUCUCCUAGCGGGGAGGGGAGAGUAGACGGAGAAAGGCGCCUGGCUGCGUCCCUGGCUCUUCGUUCCCCCACCUCGCGGCGUCUCUAGCAAACGUCCUGCCUCAAACUACCGCGAAAAAGGGAGGAGGGUCAUGUCCAACCCCGAGAAGCCGCUUUUAUCCCGCCCCCAGGCCCCACGGUCUGCAGACGGAAAAAAGCCCAGAUCCGGCCACCACCAAGAGCACUGGGAUCUCGGCAGCGGUGGCCAGGGUGGGGACGGCUUCUGCGCUCCGAAGGCUGGGAACGCCCGCGGCUUCCCCUCGCUCCUGGCCCGCGCCGCCCGGGGCACAGACCGCCCGGGCCCCGGUGGCGCCGGCGCUUGCUUCUCUUCCUGCGGCGCUCGAGGCAGCGGCGGGGUUGUCCCCCCAGUUCCUUUCUCCGUUCCCUCUUCCUCCUCCCCUUUCCCCUCCUCUUCUCCAUCUUCCUUUUACUUCUUACCGCCCCCACCUCCCCCUCCUCUUCCUCCUCUUCUCCCCUCCUCAUCUUGCUUUCACCUCCCAGCGGGUCUCCAAGGAAGGGAAGCCGCAGCAGAAAGAGCAGGAGGAGGAGGUGGAGGAGGAGGAGGUGGAGGAGGAGAUGUUGGAGGAGGAGGAAGAAGAGGAGAAGAAACAGCUCCCUUGAUCGUCCAUCCGAGCAGUAGUAGUAGCAACAGCAGUGGCAUCAGCAGCGGCGGCAUUAGCAGCUGCAGCAGCAGCAACAGCAGCAACAGCAACAGCAACAGCAACAGCAACAGCAGCAGCAGUAGCAGCAGCAGUAGCAGCAGCAGCAGCAGCAGCAGCAGCAGCAGCAGCAGGAGGUGGCGGCUGUUUUUCUCUCCUCCUUCUUUCCAGGGUUUGCUGCUCCCAGCCUCCGCCGGUCCCCGGCUGCAGCAGCCGCAACAGCAGCUGCCUCGGUUCCUCCUUUCCUCAGCCGCCUGCAGCCUGUGGUCCUACAAUUUCCUAGGAGCUGCAGGGGCAGCCCGCGCCGGCUGUGGGGUCGGAGGCGGCGGCGGUGGUUACAGCAGCAGCAGCAGCAGCAGCAGCAGCAAAAUUCAGCAGCAGCAGCAGCAGCCCAGAGGCUCCUUCUUUUCCUUCGCUGCCUCCUCCCCCUUGUCACUAGGGUCAGACAUGGAAGAUGGACCUUCUAAUAAUGCUAGCUGCUUUAGAAGGUUUACAGAGUGUUUCCUGAACUCGAGUCUUACAGAUGAAAAAGUGAAGGCCUAUCUUUCUCUUCACCCCCAGGUACUCGAUGAAUUUGUUUCUGAAAGUGUAAGUGCAGAGACAGUUGAAAAAUGGCUGAAGAAGAAAAACAACAAACAGAAUGAUGAAGAAGCUUGUAAUGAAAUCACCCGGUCAACUAUGAUCCUGACGACAUUGAAGUCAUCCAGGAGAACUGACAGCCUAUCCCAGAGUCUUCCAAGAUCAUCUGUAAAUACACUGAAGAUUACCAUCAGACCCUCCAGGGAAACCCUUCAGUACCGGGAUACAAAUAUGCAAGGCGUUGUAUAUGAACUAAACAGCUAUAUAGAACAGCGAUUGGAUACAGGAGGAGACAACCAGCUGCUACUCUAUGAAUUGAGUAGACUCAUCAAAAUAGCCACAAGAGCAGAUGGAUUUGCACUAUAUUUUCUGGGGGAAUGCAAUAAUAGUCUAUGUAUGUUCACACCACCUGGAAUAAAGGAAGGAAAACCACGACUCAUCCCAGUUGGACCAAUUGUGCAGGGUACAACAAUAUCUGCUUAUGUAGCCAAAUCAAGGAAAACAAUGCUAGUAGAAGAUAUUCUUGGGGAUGAACGAUUUCCCAAAGGUAUUGGACUGGAAUCAGGGACACGUGUCCAGUCUGUUCUUUGUUUACCAAUUGUUACUGCAAUUGGUGACCUCAUUGGUGUCCUUGAACUAUAUCGGAACUGGGGCAAAGAAGCUUUCCAUAUCUGUCACCAAGAGAUUGCAACAGCGAAUCUUGCCUGGGCCUCAGUAGCAAUACAUCAAGUACAAGUAUGCAGAGGCCUUGCCAAACAGACUGAACUGAAUGACUUCUUACUUGAUGUAUCAAAAACCUAUUUUGAUAACAUAGUCGCAAUAGAUUCUCUCCUUGAACACAUAAUGAUAUAUGCAAAAAACUUGGUGAAUGCAGAUCGUUGUGCACUUUUCCAGGUAGAUCAUAAGAACAGAGAACUGUAUUCAGACCUUUUUGAUAUUGGAGAGGAAAAUGAAGGGAAGCCUAUCUUCAAGAAGACCAAAGAAAUAAGAUUUUCAAUUGAUAAAGGAAUAGCUGGCCAGGUGGCAAGAACAGGGGAAGUCCUUAACAUCCCAGAUGCCUAUGCAGACCCACGCUUUAACAGAGAAGUAGACCUAUACACAGGUUAUACCACACGGAAUAUUUUGUGUAUGCCUAUUGUGAGUCGAGGGAGUGUGAUUGGUGUUGUGCAGAUGGUGAACAAAAUAAGUGGAAGUGCCUUCUCCAAAACAGAUGAAAACAACUUUAAAAUGUUUGCAGUCUUUUGUGCUUUAGCCUUACACUGUGCUAAUAUGUAUCAUAGAAUUCGCCAUUCAGAGUGCAUUUACCGGGUGACAAUGGAAAAGCUUUCCUAUCACAGCAUAUGUACUACAGAAGAAUGUCAGAACCUCAUGCAUUUAAGAGUCCCAAUAAACCUCCACAGAGAAAUUGAAUUAUACCAUUUUGAUAUCAGUCCUUUUGAGGAAUUGUGGCCUGCCAUUUUUGUCUACAUGAUACAUGAGUCAUGUGGGACAGCCUGCUUUGAAUAUGAAAUGCUAUGUCGUUUCAUUAUGUCUGUUAAGAAAAACUAUCGACGAGUCCCUUAUCAUAACUGGAAACAUGCAGUUACUGUGGCACACUGCAUGUAUGCCAUACUACAGAACAAUCAUGGGCUGUUCACAGACCUCGAGCGAAAAGGACUUCUGAUUGCAUGUCUGUGCCAUGAUCUGGACCACAGGGGAUUCAGUAACAGCUACCUUCAGAAGUUUGACCACCCUCUGGCAGCUCUCUACUCCACCUCGACCAUGGAGCAGCACCACUUUUCACAGACAGUGUCCCUCCUACAGCUGGAAGGGCACAAUAUCUUCUCCUCUCUGAACUCCAGUGAAUAUGAGCAGGUGCUGGAGAUCAUCCGCAAAGCCAUCAUCGCCACAGACCUUGCUCUGUACUUUGGGAACAGAAAGCAGUUGGAGGAGAUGUUCCAGACAGGAUCGCUAAACCUUAAUAAUCAAGCACAUAGAGACCGGGUAAUUGGUCUGAUGAUGACUGCUUGUGACCUUUGUUCUGUAACAAAGCUGUGGCCAGUUACAAGAUUGACAGCUAAUGAUAUAUAUGCAGAGUUCUGGGCUGAGGGUGAUGAAAUGAAGAAAUUUGGAAUCCAGCCUAUCCCUAUGAUGGAUAGAGAUAAAAAGGAUGAAGUCCCUCAAGGCCAACUUGGCUUCUACAAUGCUGUAGCGAUUCCCUGCUAUUCCACUCUAAUGGACAUCUUGCCUCCUACAGCACCCCUGCUCCGGGCAUGCAGGGACAAUCUUGAGCAAUGGGAGAAAGUAAUUAGAGGCGAGGAAAGUCUCUUAUGGCUUCGAAACCAGCCAAAUCCAGAGACAUCUAGAGCACAGACUUUGAAGAAUGUUCAACAAUGAUUAUUAAUAUUCGCCUGAAGGCUCAUCCUCAUCCCUCUCUUUUUUAUAUUAUUUUGUGGAAGGAACGUGAAAAAGGAAAAAACAAAAGCCACACCUGCUAACUGGGACACAAACCUUUUCCAGGAAGGUAACAUCAAGGAGAUAUCUCAACUGGAUGACUCCCUGCCAGUCUCACCUGUGAAGUACUAUAGACAAUGAGAAACUAGGACUACUCGUGUUUUGGAAUUAGCUGUCCAAGCGAACUCUAUUUGACUUGCAAAGUGGCCUUUUCUCAUGGGCUUUUGCUGAAGCCUUAAUUUAAAACUGAAGAAAACUAUACUAUGGGGGUACUUUUUAAGUUGUAGCUUUCUAGAAAGGGUUUAAAAUGGUACUUUUACUGUAUUGUUCUCUGGCAGGCUUUCACAACAUUGUUGUUGUUUGGAAGUUCUUGGUUAUAAAUAGGAAUUUUUACACAUUACUAUGGUGAAUGUUUAUGUGUGAUCUACUUAUAAUCAGUUUGACCUCUAGCAGAAAACCUCAGCACUACAGCUUGUCACUGAGGCUGCAGUAUAUGGAGUUUCUUUCUGCAAUCAGGAAUGGGAGAAAACCAGUUUCCAGGUUCAGAGUGUCAAAACCCAUUUGAGUCGAUGAUUUCACCUGACUGUUGCAUGCUGGAAGUCGCAGAUUAGGAGAGCUCACUUGAGAGAUUAUGCAGUAAAAGAAAAAGAGAGAAGAGACCUUGAACCUGUCUAGCACUUUCUUUUUUCCUAAAUGCCAAAACUUAGAUAAAACCUAGAACCAAGUCUCAUCCACUUCAUAAUAAACUAAGAAAUAAUUUAUUUUUCCCUCUUUUAUAAAUUGGAUUAGAUUGAUCCUCUUCAUCUGCAGAUUCAAAUUUAGUAGAUGCAGCUCUAUUGAGAACAGAAAAGUAGAUGGACAGGGUAAAAUUUAUUGCCAGAUAACCUUGUUGACCACAAUUAUAUUCUCUUUUGUAGAGAGAGAAUUUUUUUUAAUAAUCAGUUUCACUGAUGUUGCCCAUUUUCAGACACGUUUCUCAAUCAUCCUGCUGAUCGCCAAUUGUCAUAUAUUUUUCUAAAUCACUUAGACUUUAGGCCUACUGAUCUCCAGAACUUGUAAUCCACAACGACUGUCUUUGCCCAUUAGGCAACUUUCCUGUGGGUCAAUAGUAAUGCCAGUAUAUUUUUAUCAACGUCUUCUCAUCCACUGGGAGAUACCAUAGACACCUAUUUCUUCACUCUAUUUCUAAUAUAUACUACCAGUUUGGAAACCAGACUUCAGUGAAAAGACCUAUACUUUGUCUUUUUAAAGUCUUACCUUCUGUCUUAGAAUCAAUACUGUUCAUUGGUUCCAAGGCAGAAGAAUGGUAAGGGCUAGGCAAUGGGAGUCAAGUGACUUGCCUAGGGUCACACAGCUAGGAAGUGUCUGAGGCCAGAAGAGCUAUAGUUUUGAUGGGACAUUGUUACUCAAUAUUUUGGUGAACUGAAAAUGACUGUUCAUAAUGCCAGUAGAAGGGAAAACACAACUCCUAAACACUUUGGACCAGAUUUGUUCUAUUUUGAAGUAGUGUACUCAGUGGGAAUUAGCCAGACACUUUGGGAGCAAGAGUAUUGAGGGAAACUGAGUAUUUAAAGAUGCUAAGGAGGCAUUUAGUGCAGUGCUAAAUGCUGAUCCAAAGGAUCAGCCUGCUGCCACCCCUGAAAGGUUUGCUUACAGUAAGUAACAUUCACCUUAAAGGAAAUAAAAAUAAUAAUAUUUAUUUUAAUUUAAUAAAAUGUUAAAUUCCCUCUCUUUAAUGUGAAUUAUACCCAUAUUUUCAUAGAUAAAGGAACUUUUCAUAUUCAAUAUGGAAAAACAUUUCUAUAUAUUUGUAGGAUUCAGCGGGUUACUAUGAAAGUAGUGAGGUAAAAUCCCCAAGUUGCCCAUGAAAAUCAGUCUCAUUGCCUUGUUACCAAGCUGCCUCCCCAUUCGUUGGUUUCUGAACCUCCCCUGGUUCUGCAGGACAUAGAAUUCUCAUGAUUAGGUCUCCAUUAAACCAAGAGAAGCACAAGAGCACCAUUGCAAUUAAAGAGAAAAAAAACGGUGUCUUGUGAGGACGAUAAAACCCAGGUUCUUUUUUGAGAAUAGCGGCUUUAAAACACGUGGGAAAUCUAUAAAGUCUGAUAAGAGAUUGUACAGUGAUGGAGAAACGUUAAGUACAAAGAGUAUCCUGUACAUCUUAAAGCUUUGUGACCUCCUCCUCUAGAUCUUUACUCCUCCAGGAGUAAUUUAGUGACUUGUGUCAUCAGGAACCAACUUAAAAAAACAAAGCCAAACACCUCCCACCUUCUGUCUUAGAACUGAGACAGAGUAUCCGUCCAAGGUAGAAGAGCAGUAAGAGAGAGGCAUUGGGGGUUAAGUGAUUUGCCCAGAGUCACACAGCUAGGUAAUGUCUUGAGACUAGAUUUGAACCCAGGACCUCCUGUCUCCAAGCCUGGCUUUUUAUCCACUGGCUGCAGAAUUAUCCCAUUGGGAACCAACAUUAAGAAUAAUUUAAUAAAAUAUUGUGUUUGAAUGAAAAGCUCUUUAAGGAAGCAAAUGAUUGUUUUUUUCUCAACAUGACAAAAACUUGGCCUUUUCUCUGUCUCACAUUCCAUACUGAAAACAGUCUUAAUCCUUUUGCUCUGGGUACAUUUUACUUAAUGAGACUUGAUCUCAUCAAUAGCUAUAAGAAAUCUAGAUGUGAUUGUUUGAUAGCUGAUCCUUUGCCAGUGCUGUCCCAGGAGAGCUAGAAUUGGACUUGAGACCAAAUUAUAGACUUUAUUUUUUAAGCCCUUAGCUGCUGGCAUGUAUCGAUUCUAAGGCAGCAGAGUGGGUAAGGGCUGGGCAAUGAGGGUUACGUGACUUGCUCAGAGUCACACAGCUAGGAAAUAUCUUAGGCUUUUUUGAACCCAGGACUCUCCUCUUCAGGCCUGGCUCUCCACUGAAUCACCCAACCCCCCCACACCCCCCAAUUAUAUAUUUUAAAAGUUCAACUAUUACUUUGAGGACAUUCUAUACUACCAACAUCUUAUAGGCUUGUCCAAAAAAUAUUUUUUUAAACAAGCACGUUAAUAUUUGGUUAAUGUUGUUUUGGAAAAAAUGUAGUCAGGGGUAUUUUUAUACCUUGCCAGAUGUUGUCCCAGCACUUAACAGGCAUGAUUGCAGAGCUCUGUUUCCCAUCUUUCUCUCGGAUCUUUGCUUAAAGGGCAUUUCAGUGCCUGUAGCCAGCCAGAUGCCUUCUAUUACCAGAAGUUUGGAUGUGCUUCUCUGUAGAGGAAUACUUUAUAUUGGCCCAGUUGUCCCGAGGAAAAUGAAUUGAGGACAUAGCUGUGGAUCUAUGGCAAGUUUUGAAGCUUGUAGAAAAUUGUACUGAUUAUGAAGAGAUACAAACCAAACAGUUUUCUUGUCACAUAGAACAUGUCUGAUGCUAUCUUUCCAGAUGUUGUAAACAUUUUUUAAAGCAGCACAUUUAUUGGAAAAAUUAGUGCAUAUCCAUGCAAGUUUCAAAUAUUAAAGUCAAGUAAUGUAAGGAAACCCUAAUCUGAAAGAAGCAUUAGCAGUUAGCCAUUCAGGGAGAAACCAGAGUGAAUGAGAUAAAUGUGUACUCAAAAAGAAAGUGGAGACUAACUGCGUGACCCUGGACAAGUCACUUAACCCUCCUAGCCCUUGACUCUCUGACUUGGAAUCGUUACAAGGUAGAAGGUAAAGCUAAAAAAAAUUGGAGCUUUUUCUGAAUAACAGUUUCUAAGUUGCCUUAAAAAAAAUUCAUUGUGAUCCCUGGGCCAUGCACAAUUUGACUUACAGUUGAAAAUCCAAAUCCAAUUAGCUUCUCCAUCUCUACCUACAUGUCUGCCUGCACCACUCAUCUUCCAUUCUAAAGGGGAAAAAAAAGUUUUCCAUAAAUUAUAAGUACAGCUAAUGCCAGAGCUGCAAAAUCACAGUAAACAUAAAGCUAGAUUUGUUCGUAUGCCGUGCACUUUUUGAAUAUUUUUACUUUGAAAUAACCAGCUCCUAAUUUAUUUUGUUCCAUUUUGUUUUUACCAUGGGCAAGCGCAUUCAAUAUGUAGGUGCAGAAUAUUGAUAUUUAGUAAGCAGAACAGACAAACCCUGUUUGGCACCUUAUCUUGAAUAGAUUUAAGUUUGUGUAUUUUCUGAAGUGAUCUUGCUUAGAAUCCAGAGUCCUAUUAGGACCAGACUAUAUUCAUACUGCCCUGAACUUCUUUGAUGCCUCACACAGCUAAACUCACAACCUUUCCCCCAUAACUUCAUUCAUUAUGAAUGAACAAAUGAAUGAGAAGCUAUUCAUGAAGUGCUUGCUAUAUGUCAAGCAUUUGCUUAGCUAGCUGAAGAAGGCAAAUUGGAAAAAAAAAAUUGACCAUUCAUUAGCUUAUGCUUUAUUUGUAGAAAACAAUAGAGAAAAGAUAGUGAAACUGGAGAGAGAACACGCUGGAAGCUCUACAGGUACAGUGUGGGCGCCAUGCCAAAGUGUAGGGUUCCCUGGACCCCCUAGAUAGCCCCAGCAACGAUCUCCAGGGUCUGUAGGGUCUAGAUGGCGAGAGAUGCAGGACCUUAGCAGCAGCAGGGCACUCGCUAGGCAGGAAGGUCAGCUGGUCUUCCAUCCCUCCAGGAAGAAGGACACGGGGGACAUUCAUCUCACCCAAGCUGUGUGAGCCCCCGCUGCAAGGCCAGGGGAAGAGGGCUCCCCAGCCUUAUUAAUUAUGCUCCACCCUAAUCAGAGACAAAAAUGGUUAUUUCAUGAAUCGAGUGAUUUUCUUAACCCUGUUCUAUUUAACUUCAAGCAUUCUUGUGUAUCACCUAUGAUUGUAAACAUUCAGCGGAGUCAAUUCCAUUGGAACUUCCCGAGAACUGUGAUUUUAAUAUGUGAUCUUGUUGGGUUUCAGGUACGCACAUAAAAUUUAGGUUCUGAAAAUCUUGAAUCUCAAACAAAGACCUUUUUACUUUAUCCUCUUUGCUGACUACUUAGUGCUUUUCUCGUAUUCACAGGCUAGAUACGUGACGUGUUCUACAAAUUAUUAGCCUGCCCUACCAUCACUGUCCAAUGCAAAUUGGCUAGAAUAUGCCGUCUGUUUUCAGAAGCUUGGCCAUAGUAAGAGCUCGUGUUUUUACAUCCUCACAAGGAUUGCUUCUAGAGUACUUUUCCACUGAUUUUUUUUUAACAUAAUAGUUCAAAAGUAUUGUUGCCAACCAAUGCAGGACAGCCUUCACGUUUGUACUUGAUAUUCCAGUUGUGUGAAUCACUAAAUGCACUCUUGAGAUGAUGAAAGUUAUUGCACUAUCAUAAAAUGGGUUUUGAAAUGAAUUUUUAUGAUUCGAAGUGGAUAGAGGAAGAACCUUUGGGUGGAGCGGAAAAAGAUAAUGGUUUUCCCAGGAAACUUGUUUAAAAAUCUGUUGUUUUAAAUCCCCCAUGAUACCAUCUGCAUUGAAAUUCUAAUGAUAUUUUCUCCUCUAAAUCCAACAAUGAGGAAGGAAACAUUGUAUUGUAUAUUUAAGAGUUCUUUUUCCCAUAAGUAGUAGAAAACUGGCAUCUAAGAGCACAUACACUCAGGCAUGGUACACUGUUUGCUGAAGCUAAAUGGCUAAAAGGGAAACACGAAAACCAAAUUUGAAGAUGUGACAAUAAAGAAAAGAUGGUUACUACAUGUCAGUUUUCAGCUGACAUAAUUAAAUUAUCUAUUUACUGAAGCCUAAUUGAAACAUUUUUGUUCAUGGUGUAAGAUAAGAUGUUAAAAUAUGUGUUAUUUGCAUAUUCUAGAAAGCUUGUUAUAAAACAUCAUGUUAAUUAUAUCAUGGCAUAUGGCACAGUAACAUUUACUUCUUCCUGAAUGAAGCACCAUGAAAAAAAGUGCUACGAAACGUCUACAAAUCCGAUUUAUGGAGCGCAUCAAGACACUUUGAAGUUUCUUUGCCCCUGUGUAUGUGGACUGUUCUUAUAUGUGAGCUCCUUUACUAGGCAUUCAACCAGAGCUGAGUGAAAAGAAUCUAGAAUUUGGUCUCUGGAAGCCAUUUCGUUACAAGACCCUUAUUUGCUCACUGGAUGCAUUCAUCCCCUUGAAAUAAUGCAUUUGCCUAAAACACUGUGAUAUAGUUACCAUGAUGUGCAGUGAUAGAAUCAAUACAUUCAUUCUGUCUAGAGAAGGAAGUUUCCACCCCUGCCCAAAUCAGUACUCACAGCCGGAACUUGGAGUUCGUGUCCCGCCCUAGCAAAGGCACAGCACAACCUGCUGGUGUGGUCUUCUUAUUGACCAAAAACUGUGCAUGGCUGUCAGAUGGGUGUAGGAGCCAUCAAAAAUGGAGAAGUUGGCGUAAAAACUCUGUGGUGUAGUAGAUCGAUCUGUUUCCAAAGGUCUGGUGAGCUAGUUUGUCAAGGAAGAAGAACACAACAAAGUCCAGUUUUACUACAUUUAAUAACUUAAUGAGCUAAAAAUGAUUUUCUAUGUAUGACAAAAAAAACCUUUGUACAAAAUAUGCACAGUGCAAUAAUUUAAAGAGGUCUUAACUUUGCAUUUAUAAAUUAUAAAUAUUGUACAUGGUGUGUAAUUUUUUCAUGUAUUCAUUUGCAGUCUUUGUAUUUAAAAGAAUCCUUUACUGUUAUGUUUGUAUAAUAGAAUAAUAAUCAUUUAUUAUGAUCUAGGCAAGUUGUAAAUAAAUUCAUAAACCAAACAGCCAGUACAUAUGCAUAUAUGGGAGUCCUAUGGAGAAACCUAUCUUUGUUUUACUUACUGGCCUAAAGCAGCAAGAAAUCUCUGUGAAUAUGUAAUUAUUCAUAUAAAGUAUAUAUAUAUGUAUGAUACAUAAAAUAUAUUUAGAAAUGUUCAUAAUUUUAAUGAAUAUAUUCUUUGGUGUGAAUAUUACUGAAUGAAUACAGAGUUUUUUAAAUACCA